ACUGUGCCUGUACUUAAUGGGGAUUUUGCAAAAAAUAAUUAGUAAAUUAUGUGUAUGGUCUGAGGCAGAAAAAUCCACAAGCUAAUGCAGAAUUUAAGGUGUGGUUUAUUAGUUAAAUAUUUUUAAAAGAUUUUUCACUGGAAGCACUACACAUUAUGUUGCAUGUUAUGGUCGAGUUUGUUUUUCUGGCCUAUCACAGAGAAUGUUAUGUGUGAUGAAGUGCCAUUUAUCAUUGAUUUUAAGACAUUUAUGAGACAUUCCCAUUAUAAUUGUAAAAUAUGUUUAAUUCCAGUGGCUGGGAACCAUCGUGUUUUUGUGAAGUAAUUACUAAGCUCUUAAGAGAGUGUCUGAGACUCUGCUACUCUGCUGCUCUGCUGAGAAGAAAAAGAAUGAAGAAAACAAUUCUUUGAGAAGAAUCUGCAAUUUGAAAGAUAUCAGGGACACUAGGCCCUAUUCUGCAUAGACAAUAACAGGAUAAAGCUUGAUUAAGUAAAGUAAAGCCUUCAGCCUUCUUCAAAAUUCAAAUGUACAGAAAAGCUGAAGGAAGAUGAUGUUGCAAGACAACGUUGUCAUUGCACCUUGUGGGAUCUUUCCUGCCAUGCUGCUUCCCCUGAAUUGCAUAACUGACCAGAAAGGAGGCCCAGGCUGGCAGGUGGAAAAAGCCUGAACUACAUACAAUCAUCCACUUCUCCAUUAUCUGAAUGACAUCAUUCUGACAGAAAAACAGGCCAGAUCAUCCAAAGAAUGCCCCAGGGGUCUGCUUUGUUAGGUGGUGAGUUUAGUUCUAGACAGAUGACUCAGGAAACAGAAAGUUUCUGUUUCAGUCCACAGCUCUCAUCUAGCUCCUAUUAACUUGACUUCUGGCUUUCUGGACAGCUGAUUUCCUUUGCAUGAGAAGAUGUCUCAGCUUUACCUCUUGUUUCUUCUGCUGUAUCCCGGUUCUUUUGGCUGGCACCGCAAUCCUUUCGUCUCGUGAUGCUAUGUGUUCUGUUGGCUCGCUGGGUGACCACACAGAUGGGGCAGCUCUGCUGGCUACAGGAGCUGAAACAGCACUCAAGGUUUCAUUUAUUCCACUGGAGGAUCUGCACAUAUAUAAACAAGUAAUUCAAGAAAUUAAGCUGCUGUAAGCACAGCAAUUGUCUUUCCAGCUCACUGCAGGAACACCCCUGGUGUAGUUUCAGAAAAGAAGAAAUGGUGUCAGCACUGCAGGGUUUGUCUGAGAGUCAUUUUUUCCUCCCUAUUUGGUGCAUUUCAUUUUAGUAUAAACUGAGCACACUCCAUACUUCCCCCUAGACAUUUUCUUUCUACAUUCAGCGGUAGCCCAAGAGUUGCUACCACUGAUGUGCAAAAGGAAGGGCCAGCGUUUCUGUUUCUGUCCUCACUCUCAAUGUUUCUCAGUACAUCUGUUCAACAGUUGUCGGGAAGGUUGGUAGGAUGCUCCCCAACAUGGCUUCUGGAGAGUGCCUGCCCUGCAGGGUGUCUCUUUCCUCUGAUCCUGUGAACCCAAGAUUUUCUGGGCACUGCUGGUUAGUAACUGACUGUGGUUUACAGGGGAUUGGGAAAAUUUUUUGUAGACAUCAAAGGCCAAGCAGCAUUGUAAAAAAUACUUUAAAAGCCUAAUUUUCCUCCCAGUAAGCUUAGUCAGAGCAGAAUUAGGCCAACAAUGAAUGCUUAUGAAAAUCUCAUCCACAUGCAAAUAGUUCAGGAACAGUCAGAAGCUUCCCAAGGAGAAUUAUUCUUCCCUGCCAGCAAAAGAUGCUUGGAUGUAAAGAUCACCACUGGAGCACCACUUUAAUUAGGCAUUGUUCUUGCCUCAUGAUUUCCAGCAUUUUCUUGAGAUGGCUGCUAACAAGUGGCUACUCAGGAAAGGAAGGAUUUGCUUCUCAUUGCUCUUGAAGGAUGCUAAGACACUUCCUGAAAAAUCCUUCUGGUGGUAGUGCUGAGAGGGCUGCUACCCACAAAGGAUGUGGCAAGGGAAAAGAAAUGUUUCCGUUUAUUCUUUUAUACCCUGCAGGAUACUUCCAGUAGGGGCUGGCAUUUGGGGGAGAUGAGCUAGUGAGAAGAAAGUAAAAGAUUUUGACAGUGAAUUCCUUUAGAACAUUUUAGUUACUUUCAGAAUGUUGAUCAGCAGCAAUUUUCUGAAGAUUUCUAACAGACACAGUUUUAUUCCAUGAAACAAUGAAUUAUGUGGUCUGUUUUGGUUCUGAUUUUCAGGAUGUGUCUUGUUGUUCACCAUACAUUCAAGCAGAGACAAGGGAAUGAAUGGAAGAUGUGCUGUCACUUUCAGCUAGAGCUGUGGCCUUCAGACCAACACAGAUAUCAGUUAUAGAGCAGCAACAGGCAGGAGUCAAAGCAUAUGGAGCUAUUUCUGCGGCUACAAAGAAGACAGCUGGUCAGCCACAAAUACCAUUUUCACAAGUGCAGUUCAGGUAGUCAUGUUAUGAAUUAAAAACAUAAGAAUGCAGAUAUCACAUGAGGAGCAUUCAAAUGAUAUGCUGCUGAACCACAGACAAGAGCUAUGCACUAUGGAGAAGAUUACUCCUAUAUCCAUAAUCCUCCACUAUCAGGAGUGCCCCUUGCUGCUUAAAAUAUCAAGUGCUGAGCAAUUCCUCAUACCCAAAGAGAUGUUAAUCUUAGGGGAAAGUUCCUUUGUGAAGAACUUAGCCUAGAUGUGUGCUGUUAUUUGAGCACCACAGGGCAUCCAGAAACUACCUGUGCAGCAUGAGUGUGCACAAGCAGCAGCAGUGCUGCUCCCUGGGCAAAAGGCUGGGGAGCUGGUGCAAGACUCUUCAGUCUCUCAUCUGGAACCUAUUUACAAGAAGCUGCUUCAACAAGGGACUGGGGGCUGUCCAAAGGCUCUUCGGGAAGGCCUGGAAACUGCAGAAAAGGUCACACACAGUGUAGCUGCAGACCCCCCACCUCGUGAUGCCUCAAUAUGACAGUGGUGCCUGACCUGGAGACCCAUGUCUGUGUGCCUCUGAGAGUGCCCUGGCUCCCUGGGAGGGAUGGCAAAGCCUGCUGACAGAAUGUUCAGCGAGCUGGAGGUUUGUCUGCCAGGCAGAGCUGGAGCCCCAGAGCACCACACUGUUGCUACUGCUGUGUACUGCACUAGCAAAUGUAGUCAUUCAGAAGAAUGUAAGAGCUCCCUCCGGUCAAGGGCACAGCCCACUAUUUCGUCAGAUUUCUAUGCUCAGCCCACCUUCAAAGUAAAAUAUCAGGCUGACAGGCUUGUUGUUUUCUGAAUCUCUCUUGGAACGCUUUUGUGGAAAAAAUGGCACUCAUCUCAGGCUGAAGGACAAUGGAAGCAAAGCUGCAGCCUCAAAAAAUGACAUCUUGAUCGAUUUCCAGAGUGGGCGUGAAACAGGGGAAGAACUGAGAAUGCCAUAGCAUCUCCUUGCUAUCUUUUGUUGAUCUCCUCUUUCAGUUUCACUAGAGCUGGUUUCAGGGAAGAGAAAACUGAUAUGAAUGUUUGGUUUUUGACCAGAAGAGUCAUCUCACCAAUACAUCUUUCUCAUGUUACUCCUAUGUUUCUACUUUGUCACUUAGGAAAACAUUGACUCUGUCCUGUAACCAAGGUAGUAUUUAUACAUGUACUUCAACAGUAACUGAAACCAGAGCAUGCAAACAGAUUUUUAAAGAGGACCCAGUACUUGGAAUGAGAAUAUUGCUAUCAUGAGUCAACAGGGUUAUGUUGCAGCUCCUCCAUAUUCCCAAUCCCAGCCAGGAAUAGGAGGCUUUUCUUCAGGUUUUGGACCACCUAAUUCUUCACUUCAUUAUGGGCAUUAUGGGGACCCUAACUCGUCCAGCUCAGCACCUCAGCCAGGUGUGCCAAAAUCAACUGUGCCUUUUGGAUCCUCAGCUUCUCUUGGGCCUCCACCACCUGGUACACAUCAAUUCGGCCAGACCAACUUCCAAAAUGGGCCCAGUACACCAGGGCAACAGCCACAUAGGUUUCAAGGCCCUCCACCUCCACGCAACACAAGACCUUCCUAUCCUCCCUACAGUCAUCAGUCACAACCAGCCUACCCAAAUACUACGUCCACUUCAUCUACAACACAACUUGCUAACCAGCUCAACAGCAUGCAGAUAAAUAGCUACGGUCCCGGCACUACUCCGAGCCCUCGCAUGUCUUCUGGGCAUCCAGCAUCUUUUCAGGGUCCACAACUAUCACCUCCACCAACCCAGCAGCAAGUCGCUUUACCACCUGGAUCACAGGUUCCUCCGCCAGCAAAUAAUCUUAAUGGCCUUUGUGCUCAACUAUCGUUGCCUCCUAUGGCCAGACAAGAUGGAAUCCCUGGUCCUGUCUCCCCAAAUCCUAACUUGCAGCAGCUUUCAGCACAGCCUCCAGGGCCUGGAUAUCAUCCUCAGCAAUCAAACUAUGGUCCUCAGAUGGCAGGGUCUCAACUGUCUUAUCCUGGUGCUUUUCCUGGGGGUCCAGCACAGCUCUCAGGCCCACAGCAGAAGAAGCUUGAUCCUGACUCUAUUCCAAGCCCAAUUCAAGUAAUUGAAAAUGAUAAGGCUUCUAGAGGAGGGCAGAUCUAUGCUACAAACACAAGAGGACAGGUUCCUCCUCUUGUCACCACAGACUGCGUAAUCCAAGACCAAGGCCAUGCCAGCCCUCGUUACAUCCGAUGUACUACCUACUGCUUCCCAUCGUCUUCAGAUUUGGCCAAACAGGCUCGUGUUCCACUGGCAGCUGUCAUCCAACCAUUUGCUGUUGUUCCACCAAAUGAGACACCUCUUUAUGUUGUAAACCAUGGUGAGACUGGACCAAUCCGAUGCAACCGGUGCAAAGCUUAUAUGUGUCCCUUCAUGCAGUUUAUUGAAGGUGGAAGGAGAUACCAGUGUGGAUUUUGCAAUUGUGUAAAUGAUGUCCCUCCGUUCUUCUUUCAACAUCUGGACCACAUUGGCCAGCGGGUAGACCACUAUGAAAGGCCUGAGCUAUCUCUGGGAUCUUAUGAGUAUGUUGCUACUUUGGACUAUUGCCGAAACAACAAGCCUCCAAAGCCACCAGCUUAUAUCUUCAUGAUUGAUGUAUCAUACAGAAACAUCAACAGCGGGCUAGUUAAACUCAUAUGUGAUGAACUGAAGACUCUGCUAGAUAAACUUCCAAGAGAAGAGCAAGAGGAAUCCUCAGCAAUUCAAGUUGGUUUUGUCACUUAUAACAAAGUCCUCCACUUCUUUAACGUCAAAAGCAGCUUAGCUCAGCCUCAGAUGAUGGUGGUCUCUGAUGUUGGAGAAGUUUUUGUUCCUUUGCUGGAUGGUUUCCUUGUUAACUUCCAGGAAUCACGAUCUGUUGUUAUCAACUUGUUGGAUCAGAUUCCAGAGAUGUUUGCAGACACUAAUGAGAGUGAGACCAUCUUUGCUCCUGUUAUCCAGGCUGGCAUGGAGGCACUAAAGGCUGCAGAAUGUGCUGGAAAAUUAUUUAUUUUCCAUUCUUCAUUGCCAACUGCGGAAGCACCAGGGAAGCUGAGGAACAGAGAUGACAAAAAACUACUCAAUACAGAUAAAGAAAAGACGCUCUUCCAGCCCCAGGUAAAUUCUUACGAGUCCUUAGCCAGGGAUUGUGUGGCCAAUGGCUGCUGCGUGAAUUUGUUCCUCUUCCCAAAUCAAUAUGUGGACAUAGCCUCCAUGGGUCUUGUCACUCUGUACACUGGAGGGACACUGUACAAGUACAACAAUUUCCAGCUCGAUGCCGACAGCCCACGGUUCCUAAGUGACCUCCGGAAGGACAUAGAAAAAAAGGCCGGAUUUGAUGCAAUAAUGAGGGUUCGGACAAGUACAGGCUUCAGGGCUACAGACUUCUUUGGUGCCAUUUACAUGAACAACACCACAGAUGUAGAGAUGGCAGCAGUUGACUGUGAUAAGGCAGUGACGGUAGAGUUCAAACAUGAUGACAAACUGAAUGAAGACAGUGGAGCCUUAAUUCAGUGUGCUGUCCUUUACACGUCUAUAAGUGGGCAAAGAAGACUUCGCAUACACAAUAUAGGUUUGAAUUGUAGCUCCCAGUUAGCGGAUGUCUACAAGAGCUGUGAGACAGAUGCACUUAUCAACUUCUUUGCUAAGUCAGCUUUUAAGGCCAUUCUAAGCCAACCGCUGAAGACGGUCAGGGAGAUGCUGGUGAAUCAGACAGCUCACAUGCUGGCAUGUUACAGGAAGAACUGUGCCAGCCCCUCGGCGGUAAGCCAGCUCAUUCUUCCGGAUGCAAUGAAGGUGCUGCCCGUUUACAUGAACUGCCUGUCCAAGAGCUGCGUGCUAGUUGGCAGGCCAGAAAUUCCAACCGAUGAGCGAGCUUACCACCGCCAGCUGGUCACCUCUAUGGGGGUGGCCGACACGCAGUUGUUCUUCUAUCCCCAACUUCUGCCAGUUCACAGCCUGGAUCUGAAGAGUGAUGCCAUCCCAGCUGCCGUCCGCUGCUCUGAGGAACGUCUCUCCGAAGGAGGAGCCUUCCUUCUGGCCAAUGGUCUGAGUAUGUUCCUGUGGCUGGGAGUCAGCGUACCCCCAGAGCUCAUCCAGGGGCUUUUCAAUGUGCCAUCCUUAGCACACAUCAGCACGGAGGCUACAUCACUGCCUGACCUGGACAAUCCAUAUUCUAAGAAAUUUAAGUCAGUACUGAAGCAUAUCCAGAGCCAAAAGCCCUACACUAUGAAGUUGAUGAUAGUGAAACAGCGGGAGCAACCAGAGAUGGUUUUCCGACAGUUCCUAGUAGAAGACAAGAGUAUUUAUGGAGGAGCAUCCUACGUGGAUUUCUUAUGCUGUGUUCACAAGUUGAUCUGCCAGCUGCUCAGUUAAGGGAACUCAAGUAUAAUGUAUAAGUUUCUUUUGGAUUUUGCAACAGGGACAGUCCUUGCUGCCUGAAAGCUGGCCCACAGCUCCACUGUCCCCAAGCAUCCUGCUGUGCUUUAGGGAACCUUGCCUGUGCCUUUUUUGCACAGUCUCAUUUCACACAACCUCUCACCCAGUAUUUAGCUUACUUAGAAUAGGAAGUUCUGCACUCAGGUAUUAGUCCUCUGGGAGUCCUGACUCUUUCUCUAAGUGAGUUGCCAGAUAUCAAACUGUCAAUGCUUAAGAGCAUAUGGUAUGCAGUUAUUAAAAUGUAAUUAUUCCUUUUGCUAGUCUGAAGUUGUACUAGAGCCAGGAAAGAUGCUAGAAAUCUAUACAGAAGUGGAAAAAAAAAUACAAACCUGCUUUUUCUAAGUGAGGGCAUUCAGCUGAUGGGUUUGCAGUAAUCAUGUAGUUCAAUUUGAGUACUUCAGCGUCCUUCAUGUAAAGCUAAACCCUAAAAAAUAAUGCCCUUUUUUUGUAGAAGGAACAAGUAUUACUUUCUCCAGAAAGAGAGCUCUGGGUAACCUUCCGCAGUUGGGCUUAGCCAGGACCCAAAAAUGCCUCUGUUUAUAACUGGAUUUGAGUAAGUUUAACAACAACGGCCCACAGGAAGAACAGGAUCAAACAAUCCUUUUGCUAAGUUUGGCAGAUAAUGCUACACUAACAUGGUAUAAUUCUCUAGUCUUAAGGGCAACAAUUAAUUUAGCAUACUAUUUAAUUAUAUUUUCAAAAUUGAACAUGUUAGGUUUUAUUUUGUAUAUUGCUAACUGGAAUAUUCCUAAUAGAGCUUAGAUAAGCGCCUGUCCCUCAGAAUUUCAGUGGCGGGUCAACUCUAAGACAGUUGACACAUUAACCAAAGGUUACUUGUGGUGCUAUAAAAAGAAAGCCUCUGGUUUAAUACCAGUUCUGUUACAGCAACCUCCACUCACAUGAUCGAUGCAUUCAAAAGUCACCGCUUUGAAAACUAAGCCUCUGCUAAUACCAGUAUUUAAGGUAGAACUUAGAAAGCCAGAGUCUUGGGAAGAGCUGUUUACCUCAGAUACUUCAUCAGUCUAUCUGUAUCUUUGGGACCAAUGCCUCUAUAUGAGAGGCUUCAACUCUGCCAGACUUGAGAAGCUACAGCUGCAAAAAUCAGUAUUUCAAAGAAAACAAAAAAUCCUCAAAAGUAAGGCCUAGAUUUGGGCCUCAAAAAAAAAAACCAAAAAGUGCCUUUCAACAUGUUAGUGUUGCUACUUAGGGUUAAUCAUCUUAAUAUCCAAUGAGCAGUCAAGAUGCACAUUUUUUGAUUUGACAGCUUAUCAAAAUGGAUGUAUUCUUGUGCAUUGACUGCACACUCUUAAAGUAAGUGGCUGUAUUACAAAGGGAUCCUUGGACUGAACUCAGCUGCCAAGGCAAGCACUUUUUAGCUGAAGAUGUUACCCUGUAAAACCUAUCUGUUGCCAUUCCAAAUCAGUGUACUUUGUAAAAUGACACCAGCAACUCUGUGUGUAAAGAAAUAAGCAAUUAUUAAAUAUCAUCAUCGUGUGGGCAUUUAUUAUUUCAGAUACUAAGUUAGGUUUUUUAUGCUAUCAGCUUCUGCCAAAAGGUGCUGCUGAGCACAGAAGACCUCAGAUCAAAUAACUGCAAUGUCAGGCAAAAGCAGAUAGGGCAUCACAGCAAUCUGUCCCUGGAUUGUGCAGUCAUUUGCUGUUCUCUAGUAAGUAGAAGAUUUUACACAUACAUUUUCUGAGAUGUUAGGUAAAGUGAAGUGGCAUCUGUCUGUUUUCUCCCAGGUGUGAGGUCUUCUGUGUUCAAUCAUAAGUCUUGCGCUAUUUUUGUACACUUUUUUCCCAGGGCACAUUUCUACCAGUUUCCAUUUCCGUAUUUCAUUUUUUUGUGGAAGGUCUCGCAUUUUCAGCUGUUACCUGGAAAUCUGUGGUGCUUGAAGUGACCACCCCUUAGGUUUGAAGUUUGGGACAGACUGCUGCUGUCAGAUAGCAGUUUGCCACCGGUGUGUUUUGUGUAGCCUGCCUUUUUUUUUCACUUUUGUAGUGCUGUGGUGUUUUGCUGCCACCUAAUAGAUUGGUAUGGCAAAUGGCACUGGGUAUAAUCUCUGUCAAAAAACGGAGUAUUAAAAAAAACUACUGAGC